GGCUUCAGGUCUCUGAGGAUACUUACAAGAGUAGCAAUUAUGGGUAUGUCUAUUGCUGUGAAAAUAUUGACGCUGGGUCUCAACUUCAUUUGGGUUGCAACCACAUUGAAAAGACUCUGACAAUUCCUGCAGGUCUCUCUGCGAGGGGCUUGGAGUUGACAGUGUACUGGUAUAUGUCCUAUCUGGUGGCAUCGGUUACAG